ACGAAACCUGCGCGCAGCUCUCAGCUGAGCUGCAUUUGGUUUGGAAGUGCUUUGGGCGCUGAUCGUGCUUGUAAAGUCUUCUUAUUGACUGAGAACGCAAUAGAACCAAGCACCUUUUUAUCCAAGUUGCGUGUAAACUGGUGGUAUGAACAUCACAAAAGAUUUUAGGAGAUACUUUUAUUAGUUUCCCUCCUCAUGAAACUUGACUCAACAGGCAGUUGCAGAAAGUGAGUUGAUGCCCAAGAGGCUCGACUGUCGUCAGCUCCAGUGCUCCGCGUCUCCGCUCAGGAUGAACGGAACGUUUUUUAACCACACGGUGUUUACGCACGGCGUUUUGCUCAACCGCAGUCAAGAACUGGCGGGGACACUAGUUGAUUGCUGCACGGGGAACGGGAGCGAGGUGACCGCAAACGACGGCGGCGGGUCUUUAGUUCUCGCUCAGGACGAGCGCAAGAUGUUCGUUACGCGCGUGGUGCAGAUCGCGGUGCUGUGCGUUCUUUCGCUCACGGUGAUGUUCGGGAUCUUCUUUCUCGGUUGCAACCUUAUGAUCAAGUCCGAAAGUAUGAUCAACUUCCUGGUCAAGGACCGGAGACCAUCCAAAGACGUGGAGGCGGUGAUGAUCGGACUGAGUUAGCCGCGGCCGGGUGUCACCUGUAACCGGCUGCAGGUCCGAGUGACACCUCAGACUGGGAGCCACGGAGAUAUGCAACUUAACAUUUUCACUCCCUUUGUGUUCUGAAAAGAAAAGGCGUUGUGGAUGGACUGAAGCAAAGAUGGCAUAUACAGCUGCACGUUUACGAAAUGAGAAUGUAUUUAUUCAUGUUUACGUAGCUUUUUGUAUUUGAGGUCAUUUUUGCUUGUGAUUUUUUACAGUGAAGUGUUUACACGUUUUUACCUCAGAAAAAAAAAUCAAAGUAUGUAUUUAUUGCAUUAUGUUUGUUAAAGUUAUUAUACGCUACCUUACAAAUUACUAGACGAAAUUAACCAUGGUUUUAUUGUAGUUAAAGUUAGUAACCAUGGUUUUUUUGGCGAAUUGAUUACCAUUUGUAUAAUAAUGGUAUAAUGGGGGGGGGUUUAGUAAAAGACGUAAAGGCGUAGCCUAUUUGCUGCAACUGUAGUACUUUUCACACUUUUAAUAACAAAGUGAUAAACGACAACUUAUGCUUUUUCGACGGACCCGCGCACAAAACUGGUCUUAAUUGAAAGCGCGUAAGCAACGUGUUGUCAUGGUAACUUCCCUUUGCAAGCGAAAUGUAGCGACGUUAAAAUAAACGCUCUAACUUUAAUUAUCACUGAAAAACCUGUUGAAACCUAUACAUGCUUGCAUGAAAAAAAUUUACAUUUACUAAGACCCUGCCAGUCUUUUGUUUUGACUCCCUUUUGGUGAGGUGAGGUGGGGUGGGGGGUCCAAGCCUUAUUAUUCGAGAUACUCUGAUUUCCUCAAACCCACCAUCAUGGUUUGUACUAGACAAUCACUUCCAAAAGCAUGUUGUUUUGUGAACGGUGACUUUUGCACCUUGAAUUGCUGGUGUUUUGAAUUUGAAGAUGUCAAAAUGUAUUUUUCUUCAAGGUUAACUUGUGGCCGAGAGCACGUGAGGGGGGGAGAUGUUCAUCUGGUGGGGCACUUGCACGUUUUCAAAGACUCCUUCCCCAAUCACACCGGCUGAUGUCUCUCCCUCUGCAUGCACGGCGCUCGGUGUGGCAGGCACUUUCUACGUAAAAACCUCAAUGCUGCAUGGAGUAUUUUGUAAACUGUAUUGACUUGCAAACUUGAAGUUGUGCAGCAUGCUUUGAAUAAAAUUGUUAAAACAUU